AUGGUUGACGUUGACUACAAACGGGAACUCAGCUCCAGACGAGACCAAGUUGAGGAUAUCUUCGAUUUUGAGGGCUGCAAGGUGGGCCGAGGAACAUACGGUAGUGUAUUUAAAGCAAAGCGAAAAGGCGGCAACGAUAAUCGUGAGUAUGCACUGAAACAGAUAGAAGGCACUGGUCUCUCAAUGUCCUCCUGUCGGGAGAUCGCACUGCUCCGAGAACUUAAACACCGCAAUGUGAUGACACUUCACCGCGUCUUUCUAAACCACAGUAAUCGAAAGAUUUGGCUUCUUUUCGACUACGCGGAAUACGACCUCUGGCACAUCAUCAAGUCCCAUCGCACUUCGAAGGUCAAUAAAACUACCUUUACGGUUUAUCCGAACAUGGUUAAAAGUCUCAUGUACCAGAUUCUCAACGGGUUGGAUUAUCUCCACAGCAAUUGGGUGCUUCAUCGAGAUUUGAAACCGGCGAACAUUGUCGUAAUGGGUGAGGGCAACGAACGCGGGCGAGUCAAAAUCGGUGACCUCGGAUUUUCUCGACUGUUCUGCCAACCUUUGAAGCCCCUCGCUGACCUUGACCCCGUUGUGGUGACCUUUUGGUAUCGGGCUCCGGAAUUGCUGUUGGGCGCGCGUCAUUACACCAAAGCCAUCGACAUCUGGGCGAUUGGGUGCAUCUUCGCGGAAUUGCUCACCUACGAGCCGAUUUUUCAUUGUCGUCAGGAGGACAUCAAAACCAGCACGCCCUACCACAAGGAGCAGUUGGAACGCAUAUUCCGAGUCAUGGGAUAUCCGUCAGACGAGGCCUGGCCGGACAUGCGCAAGAUGCCUGACUAUCCCCAGUUGAUGCGGGAUUCCAUCAAUAAGAAGACCUACGGCAAGUACUACCUAGAAGCAUAUCUCGAGGACAAGAAAGUCACCAUGGGAAAAUACGAGAUCUCACUGCUACAAUCGUUGCUCACAAUGGAUCCACUUCGACGGCCGUCGGCUGCCGAAGCGAUGAACCAUGAUUACUUCAAAGUCGGAGAAAAACCCAACGACGAUGUGUUUGGUGGAUUGCCGAUACCCUACCCGAAACGCGAGUUCAUAACGGAUGAUGACGCGGAGGAUGGCAAGCAGCAGCAACAGGGCGCCUAUGCUGGGGACAAGAAUCACAAGCAGGCAGGGAUUGGCGUCGCCGGACAGCAGCCGCAACAGCAGAAGCCCCCACAACAACCCGCGCCACAGCCACCUCCACAAGCGGCUGGAAUGCAUACGGUCCAGCACUACCCCACGUCGAUGCACCAGCAGAUUCCACCGCCGCCGCAGGCCAACAUCGUCGUGACAGCGGCCUCCGGCCAACCACCACAGGUUGUACAUCUCGACACCGAGUAUAGCCUCUUCUGCUUGACAGCUGCUUAG